UGUCAAGUUAAGUCAUCAUUCAGGGCAUGCGAUGGCACGUCAGACAUGUCAUGUGUCAUGUCAUUUCAACAGAAAUAUUAAAAGAUUAAACGAAACGAAGGAGUGAUAUUAUUUUUUUUCUCGCUAUUGAGCUAUAAUGGACAAAAUCCCAGAUCAAAUUGGUUAUCUGGUGUUAACGGAAGACGGAGCCGUCCUUGAAUCGGGUGGUGAGCUUGAAAACGAUGAACGUGUUGCUACAAUAAUAACUGAUCUUAUCAGUUUGUCUAAUAAAGUGGACCCAGUGGCUUUUGCUCCUAAUGAACAAUUCAAGAAGAUUUCUAUAACUUAUGAUGAUCAUUGGUUUGUUAUUUGUAUUUCCAAUAAGAAGAUUUAUGUGGUGAAAAGAACCAUUCCCAUAUCAGUCCUUGAUGGAAAUACAGUAAAUGUUUGA